AUGUUUAGCAACUCAAUAGUGCUUAUAUUCCGUAUUCCGCCAAUAGCAUUAGCUGCACUGAAGCCAACUCUUUCAGUAUUAUCGCAAAAAAGUUUUGUUAAUUGCACAAUUGAAACCUCAACUGCAGCAGAUGAGAAUUCAGUAUAUAAUGAAACAACAACUGCCACAACAUUUACAGCAGUUGCGGAGAAAUUGGUGCGAUUUCGUCGACAGCCAUCAAUAACUAUCGUGAAACAUGUUAGUCGUUCAACAAAGCGCAUAAAACCACGGUGGCAUAUCAAGAAACCUAAACUAAAAUAUGGUCCACCUAACUAUAGCUACGGAGAACCUUUAUCCUAUUUCAAACCAGAACAACCAGUAACAGAUUUUGAAUCCCCACCUACUUUUUCUAUGCAUGAUUUUGAACAUAUAAAUUUGGAUGCUGCUGACUUUCAACUACCUCCUUCCAGUUAUGAUACACAGCCAAUGGAUUUAGAUUUUUAUAGUCAAAUGGAUGAUAGUCUCGAUAUUCCCAAAGAAAAAUACACACACUUUCAAACCGAACCUGAAAAACCUUAUUUAUAUGCUCCACCUAAAACAGAAUUUAAUUUACCAAGAGUUCCUCAUAAAGCUUAUGGUGUUCCAAACCAAUAUGAUUAUAAUACAGAUAUUAGUACAGAUUUUGAUACAAUAUUUGAAGGACAACAUCCAUCGCCUACCAUAGAUACUAAUUAUAGUCCACCUCAAGUCACAAAUGGACAACCAUUUAAAAUAAAUAAAGGUACUGCAUAUGACUUUAAACCAACGAAUUCUUAUGAAGAAGAUAAAGUCUAUCAAUCUCCACCUAUUGAAAACACUCCACCAAAAUUCUUAGAAAAUACAAAAUACAUGCCAUCGGUAACAGUAGCAGAAAAAUAUGUACCAAUACCAAUUCAAACCGGGUAUAAAACUAAUACCGACAGUCAACAGAAGUAUACCACCGGUUCUUCUUCUGAUUUUAAAGGUGAACACAAGAAACACAAUUUUAACGAAAAUUCUUUCAAUACAGCAGAUAUUGAAAUAACUUAUUCACCUUCAUUUGAAAUAAAUAUACCGCCCAAAGAUAAUCACUAUCCAAGUAGUAGUUACGGUUCUUCCGACUCUACUCAACAUCAACCAGGUAAUUUUGCAGAACCACCUGUUGCUUCACCGCCCUCCUACCAAGCACCUGAACAUGUUGAUAUACCGUUUCAACCAACAGCACCGCAGCCCCAGCCUGGACCUUCAGAAGAUUAUGUACCACCAUCACAGGAACUACCUUUAAAUCCUAAUCAUAAACAACCAGCAUAUGACUUUCCAAAAUCUAGUUAUGAAGUACCAAUUUAUGAUCCAAUACCAUUUGAUGCUUCCAAUAACGAAGAGCAAGAAGUUUAUCCACCACAUUUACAAGAUGGUUCUUUUAGUGUUUCAAAUCCUUCAACAAUAAAAGAUACAAAACCUUUUGUUGACGAAUAUCAACCAGAACAAUCCGAAACUGUUUCAAAUGAAUUGGAUAGAACUAAUUUCAAUACUGAAUUGGAUAUAAAUGCAACAGAAAAAUCAACACGACCCAGACGUUAUCAUAAAAGAAAACAAUCUAAUAGUAGAAACAAAUCUAGCUCAAAACAUACUUUAGAUGUUCCUGAACUAAAAAAAGCUUUUGAAGCAGAAAACCAAGAAAAAUUACAUCAUACAAGAUCAAAUGACUCAAAAGGUGAUGAAAUAACUCACAAAAAUAAACAACAUUAUGUUUUUAAUGGUGAAAGUAAUGCACCUCAAAUAUGGAAUCCAAUGCGUAUACGUACUUCACAACGUGUAAAUUUCACACCUACAACUGUUUCUAUUGUUAAUGACAAGACUUCUUCUACCAAUCGUCCAAGAUAUAGAACUCGACACAAUCCACAAGCACGUUUACCACCACAAACUACAACAACUACAACAGAGAAAACAAAACAAACUUCUCAAAAGCCUACCAUUAUAUCAAUUGAAAAAUCACGGUCUAAAAGUUAUUACGAUGGGACCAUAGCACCACCUGUUGUGAAUAUCACAAACUCUUAUAAUCCUCGUGUAAAUAAAUUCAGUAUACAGACACGAACCCCACUAGUAGUAAGGCCUAGUAAGGAUCAACUACCAAAAAGAACUACAAAAAGCGUUUUUGAUACAACAUAUUUUAAGAGCCCAAUUUUUGAAAAGGAUAUGACGUGGACCUUAAAUAAAUCCCAACAAAAUAUACCAAAAAAUCAUAAACUAUAUUGA